AGUGUGACACUAACUCUAAAACAAAAUUGCUUUUGCUUAUAUAAAGAGAGCUAGCACAAGAGAGAAAGAGAACUAUUAUAACAAAGUAGCUAGUUAGGAGAAAAGCAAAGAUGGAAUGGAGAAAAUGCUAUUUGGAUGUGAUAUUGGUGCCUUUGGCAUUUAUAAUUAGCAUUGGUUAUCAUUUGUGGCUUUGGUAUAAGGUUAGAACUCAACCACAUACAACCAUUGUUGGUAUCAAUGCUAGUGGUCGUAGAAAUUGGGUUAAUGCUAUGAUGAAGGACAAUGAAAAGAAAAACAUCUUAGCUGUUCAAUCACUAAGGAACACAAUAAUGGGAGCAACCUUAAUGGCCACAACCUCAAUUUUACUAUGUUCAGGUCUAGCAGCAGUUAUAAGCAGCACAUAUAGUGUGAAGAAACCACUCAAUGAUGCAAUUUAUGGAGCACAUGGAGAAUUCAUGGUAGCACUAAAAUAUGUCACACUCUUAACAAUUUUCCUCUUCUCAUUUUUUUGUCACUCUCUUGCAAUAAGGUUCAUAAAUCAAGUCAACAUUUUAAUCAACACACCACAAGAUCCUAUGUCACUUGUGACACCAGAAUAUAUAUUUGAAAUUUUGGAAAAAGGUUUCAUUUUGAAUGCUGUUGGAAAUAGGCUUUUCUAUGCUGGGCUUCCUAUGUUACUUUGGAUAUUUGGUCCUGUUUUGGUUUUUCUUUGCUCUCUCACUAUGGUUCCUGUGCUUUACAAUCUUGAUUUUGUGUAUACUAGUGGAAAGGGAAAGAUGAAUGUGGAUCAAAAGGAGGAUUAUGUUUAAUCUUGUUGUAAUAUGUUUAAUUAAAUAUAUAAUAUGUAAGAUAUAAGAUUUGCUAUAUUGUAGUGACAUGACAUUAUCACCAUCUUAUCUUAUAUACAAAAAGUUGUCGAGCCCUGACUCCCUCA